AUGGAAUUUAAUUCAGGUGUUAGUAUGUUUUUGCCUGAUACGAUUGGCCUCAAUGGAAAUGAUUUCGAUGAAGAGGAUCAUGAAGAUAUAGUUCAUGAACAAACGAAUCAAAACGAAAUUGUCGAAUUGAUCAUGGCUGCUUUUGAAGGGCAUGAAGAGCCAUCGGAUGGCGAAGAUGAGGACGAUGAGGACGACGAUGAUGAUGAUGAAUCUCUCAACACAUCCAAUGCUGAUCAACAUCAUCAUCAAUCGAAUGAACAUGAGGUAUUAAAUACGAAUAAUAAUAACAAUAACAAUGAAAAUUAUAUUCAACAUCAACAACAGCAGCAGCAACAACAACAACACGAAUUAUUGUACCGAAAUCAUCUGUAUCAGCAACCAUUAUAUUCCACUCCAGCUGUAUCUACUCCGCCGCCAUUAGUUCCACCAUCGACUUCAACAGAUGUUCGUCGAUUUGAUGAUCAUACUCAAUACACUCAACCGCGUUAUCAACAAUCAUUCGAUGAUCAUAAUAAAACUGAACAAAAUAUUCCAUUUUUAUCGUCGAAAAGUUCAGCUUUGGUGCAUUAUCAGAAUCCUAAUCGUCAAUUAAAUCAUGCAGCCGCAACAGCUGUUCAAUACUUUGAUGCAUUACCUACGAUAGAUCUGAUUGAUCCUAUGCAAGCUCAAUUCAUGUAUCAAACCUCAGCAUUAAAUGCUUCCGAUGCACAAAAUGAACUCAAUAAAUUCCGAAUUCUAUGCAACGCCAAAGAUCGCAAAGUCACCGAAUUACAAAAUCGUUGUGCUCAAUAUCAUGAAAAAUACAACAGUGAACUACGCGCUCUCAAACACAAGAUUGAAUUGAGCGAUCGGGGUAAAUACGAUUACGAGCAACGUUAUCAAUCGAUAACCAGACAGUGUGAAGAGUUGAUCGAAACAAAUAAUCAAUUACAACGGACGAUUAAAGAUGCCGAAUUGCGCAUUCAACAACUAGAAGGAACUAAAACACAAUUGGAACAAAAAUUGGAUGAUGCAGAGUCAUUGAUUGAUUCUCUUCACCGCAAAGUGAAUGAAUUGCAAAGAUUCGAUUCGAUCGCACGCACACAACAAGAUUGUGAACUUCUUCUGGCUAGUACACGUGAAAAGCAUGAGCAAGAAAUGUUGAAUCUCAAUGAAAAACUACAAAUCACACAAAUGAAUCUACAAGAGAAGACGAUGGAAGUCGAUGAACUCCGUGUUCAAUUAGAAACUGCAUGUAAAAACAACGAAAAGGCUAUUUUCGAACGUAUGGAAUCGAUUAGUCAUUUGAACCAACAAUUACAUGAGUGUCAACGGCAAUACACGGAAUUAUUGACCAGUAAAUCGAUGGAGACAUUUAAUCAAACUGAACAUAAACGACAAUUAACUCGUUUAACUGAAGAAAAAGACAAACUCGAGCUCACAUGUCAAGAAUUUCAGUCCGAAAUUCGAACAUUACGCGAACGGCUUGGCGUGACAGAGCAUGAAGUAAACAAUGAUCUAUUUGGUAUAUCAAACAUCAGUGUUAAUGAAUUAUCGAGUAUCAAUCGACAAGUUGUUCCACACAAUUCAACUAGUGUUGAGAAUCCGAAUGACUCGUUAACUAUUGAAAAUCAGCACUUGAAAGAACGUAUCGAUGAAUUCGCCUCGAAUGAGAAACAUUUGAUUGAAAUCAAUGAAGAUUUACAGCGGCAAAUACAAGAAUUGCAACGUCAAAGCAGUUCAAGUGUGGAGGAAAUGGUCGUAUCCAGCACUGUGCAUAUGGAACAAAUUCAUAGUCUCACAAAAGAAAUUGAAAAAUUAAAGAAAGAAUAUGCGAGUCUACAAGAGAAAUAUGAAUACGAAAAGCAAGAAAUGCAAACCAUUAUUGAACAAUUACGCGAAGAUAUUAUCGAUCUAGACAAGACUAAGCAGUUGUAUAUCGAUGUUUGUCAGGAGAAGAACUCGAUUGAAGAUAAUCUCCGUGCGAAAUAUGAGUAUGAAAUCAAACUUAAAUUAGAAGAUCUGCGUCGAACAUUCGAACGAGAUUAUAGCGACAAAAUAACACAAUUCAAAACCCAAGAUCAACAGACAUUGAAAUUUAAAUAUGAUCAAGAUUUAGAACAACAAGCAAAAGAAAUCGAACGAAUGAAAAUCAAUCACGAGAAAACGAUUAAUGAAUUAAAUAUCGAACUUGAUCGAUUGCGUGCGAAUGACGAUGCGAAGAGUCGAUUGUGUUAUGUGGAGAAAGAAUUCGAACAACUCAAACAUGAUUAUUCUGAUUUACAUUCGAAACAGAAAGAGUUGCUCAACAAUUGUAAAGGACUCGAAGAUGAAAAUCAAAAUCUCCUACAAACUAUCGAACAGCUCGAUCAAGAAAAACUUCAAUUGAAAGAAAGUUACGACAAAAUGGAAAGAAAACUAACAAACGAACUUCGUGAAUUACAACAAGCAGACCAAAAGCAGAAUCUCGAUGAUUUACAAACUCGUAUACGAAAUUAUGAAAAUGCCGUCAGUCAAUACGAAGAAUAUCGACUGAAACUCGAAACAAAUCUACAGAAAAUCACGCAGCAACGCGAUACGAACAAGAUGGAUCUACGAUUGGCGAAAGAAAUGUUGAAUAGCAAAGAGAAUGAAUUAAAUCAGUUGAAAAUACGUUUUGACGAGACCGAACAGGCCCUUCAGCGGUACAAAGAACGCCUUGCAAAUAAUGAUACGAUAUCAAAUGACUUGAAGAAACAAAUGGAACAGUAUGAACAGCAGAUUUUGGAAUUGAAUCAAGCACGAAUCAAAGAUCUGAAAGACAAAGAAGCAGAAUGUCGCGAAACGUUACUUUCCAUUCAAACCGAAAAGAAUCAAUUCGAACAACGUUUGCAAGAAGCGAAUCGUGCUCUCAAUUUGGCGGAUAGCCAUUUGAAACAGGAGAUCGAGAAGAUCAAAACUAGUCUCGAACAGGAGUACAGUCGUCGUUACGAACGUGACCAGAAACAGCAUCAGCAAGAAUUGAAUCAGUUGCAGCAACAGUUAACGAAUGAACUCGAAAAACAUAAGACGAUAACGCCGGUCAUGCAAGCGAACAAUUCAGCUCAAGAUAUCGAAGAAGUGAAGAAAAUGUACCGAACGGAAAUCGAUCGUUUGUAUCGAGAGAAUAUCGAGUUGAAUCAAAACCAAGCGAAACUCAUUGAUUCACAUCAGAAACAAAUGCAAAUCAUGAAGAAAGAUUUAGAUGAUGGAUACAAUAACGUUAUUAACGAAUUUCAACACGAGCAAACGCGUUUACAAACGCGCUGCGAGCAAUUGAAACAACAAUUGCAUGAUGCUGAACAAAUAAAUGAACAACUGAAGAAAACGCAUUUGGAUGAUAUGACCAAAAUGAAAGAGAAAUACACCGUCGAACAGGACCAUAAGAAUCGACAAGAAAAUCUGCAGAAUCGUCUUGAUCAUUUGGUCAAACUAUUAGAACAGUCGAACGAGACGUUGGCUCAAGAACGUGCACUACACACGAAACAAGAGAACGAAUAUCAAGAAACAAUUUCUUCCCUCCAAAAGAAAAUUGCGGAUAUGAUUAAACAGCAUACGAAAGCAAUGGACGAAAUCAAACGCGAACUUCAUCAGGAACGUCUCUCUACUCAAGAACGUCUAACCACACGAGUAAUAUCCGUACCCGAAUAUGUUCAAACGGAUCUUUCGUUCAAUGAUAUCAAAUCAGAUUACCUGGCUACGGUAGAGAAACUACGAGUGGGAAUAGCUCAUUACAUGGACAAUCUGGAUAUAUCAGUAAGAAAGCAAAUCCAAAAUGAACUAGUUCGAAGUCGUAAUUCAAUGAUUAAAGAAAUCCGUCGAGAACUUUUCGAAAAAAUGACCUUCGCUAUGAGAAGUCAAGGAGUCCCUGACACCACUAUCGACGUGCAUGUGUUUGAACUUGAUCGUCUUCUAUCACAAAUGGCUCAAGAUUGUUUGAAUUCAUUGAGCUCAUCGCCAUCAACAGUAUCAUCAAUGUAUUCAAUUUCUUCAUCAACAUCGUCGCUAUCGUCAUCCGCACAACGUCAAUUACCUCGUUCUAUUGUCUACGAUUCAGGUUCAUCAUCCUUAUCGAAAUCGAAACUAUCGGAAAAUCAUCAUACGCCAUUGAGAAAAUCUAUUGAAUGUCUCUAUGUGACACCAACAACACCCAAGCAGACAGCCCCAUUAGCUCCGCAUUGUCAAUUUCCGCUUGAUGAUGACAAUCGUUCGAAAUCAGCGUCGACGAUGGCCUUAGCUAGUCACAAUACUUCUACACCCACCGUUCUUUUAACUCGAACGCACAAAUCUCCGUACGGAAAUAAGAAUUCGAAAAUGAAGCUCUACAGAAGUGAAGACGAUAUCAUGGCUGCCGUUCAACGGCAAGAAGAACAUCGUCGAACUGAAGUCGAAGAUGUUGAUGACGAAGAUGGAGAUACAAUUACCCUAUGUGAGAAUGAAGAUCAACAACAACAACAACCACCACCACCUCAACAAACUAAUGUUCGAGCAUUGGCAAGACAAUUUGAACAGAAAACUAACUCGUUACCAGGUCAUAAUCGUUCCAAAACUCGAAAUCUCGAUCACUCGUUAACAACAUAUUAUGCAACUACACGAACAGUUAUUAAUGAACAACACGAAGAAAACGAGGAGGAAGCAUUAACAUGGCCACAACAUCCUCAACAGCCUCCAUCACAAAGUGGUGGAAUAAAGAAAUUUGUUCGCAAUGGAUUGAGACUAUUCUCUACGCAACAACAGUCGCACGUGCAAAACAAAAAGAAAUAA